AUGCGUCCUUUCUCUGACGGAUACGAACUCAACGGUAUUUCUCCCCGCGGAUUAGUACACACUACCAUCGCAAGUCAGGGGGAGCAGGUUCAAAACUAUGUGGGAGCUGAUCGCUAUUCUGGUAUCGUGAACAGCCCUAUGGACCGAAUUUGCAAUGUGACUGAGCAUAAAGCAGGCGCACUCCUCAACGUGGACAAGGGGACAACUUCCAAUAGUCCGUCGAACACCUUGAACGAGUCAGAGCACGACAUCAUGAUGUACAGACUGAAGGAGCCAACCCAAGAGCUAGAAUUGGAACAACGCAGUCACGAGACCGCCAUCUCCAAUGAGCUCACGGAGCGCAUACCAAAGCUGCCACUCAGUGCCGAGGCGCCCCUGAUACCAAGUCUGAAGACGGAGUUGUCUUCAGCGACGGAAGAGAUGCACUCAAACUCGAGUGCGCUGACCGAGAACACGAUGGAAUCUACAACUCCAACGUACCGCUCACCGCCACAGCGACGGCAUGUUACGUCUCCCGAUGGGACAAGUCAGAAGCCUUUCUCCACUAUAGAAUCUUCUGUGUCUUCCUUUAACCCUGUCCAGGACAAGACCCCGCCCCUUCGACGGACUCACAAUCCCAUUACCAGCACACCCGUUGUUGGUAAGGUUUACUUCAUCCCUGAUGGUGGUUACUUUCCUGCCUCAGUCAUUCACAUGCAGAAACAGCAAGAAGGCUUCUUCAAACAUCCAGUACUUGUCACUGAUGUAGAUCAUGACUUCGCGUACUUCUAUGCUCUUACUAAAUCCCCACCAGCUGCCAUUGGAGAGAUGGCGAUGUGCCUACGCAUGGGCAAUAGUACAGCAGAUGAAGGUAUCUACACAUUAAGACUGGCGAAUGGCUCACUCCCCAUGCAGACCGAGACAUGGAUGAACCUUGAACAGCGCUUCUACAUCGAGUGUGAAAACUUGAAUGAUUGGGCGAUUGAUGUUCGUAUCAACACGGAUGAUUUGUGGAAGCUGUUUAGGCGCAUACAGGAACUGGAGGCACGCCAGAAUCGUUUCCUCUACAAGCCGCUUCCACGAGACAUGAGUUUAUUGCAGCCUGGAACAGUCGUCAUGUUGUUGAAUAAUCCGCAGUCAUCGACUCUUGGCGCCCCUGUCCUCAUAGUGGAAAACCAAUACCCUUACCUCCGCUAUCUGCGCAUCAAAGAAUUUAGCGACAACCCUCACUUCAACCCAACAUCACGGCGCACUACUGGACCACCUCGUCAUCGGUGUUUGGAAAUCUGCAAGUACCCAAAAUGGGGACAUGAUGGCACACCAAUCAUGUUGGUCGAGUCUGAUUCCCCUGAGAUGCGUGAGUCGUCUUAUGUUGAGGUAUACCCAGCUCCCAGUACAAGCACUUUCCACAUGUGCAAGACCUGGUGCUGGCCGCCGGUAGUCAUUCAAUCCCAGUCGAUGGCUAUACUUCGUGGUUAUAGCUCAUUCGUAGGAGCGCGCUUCAAUUUCCAGACGACUUCACGGUCGCUAUUUGUAGGGCCGACAACCCCCUUCCGCAACGGAGUUCCACAAACCCAACAUGGCAACGUGGGAUAUCAGUCAUUGCCACAACAACAUGGCUACCAAGCAGCCGUGCCUCCUCCACCGCCGCAUACAUCGUUUGGGUUUCGCCAACCUGUCCAAAACAGUCAACUCACUGGCGUUUAUGGACAUGCUGGCGCCCCGUACUCACCAAGCAUGUAUCAGCAUUGUAAGUGA